AUGCUUGCCCCUCUUGCAUGCUCAGUGAAAGAUCUUAUCACUGACCCACAUCCAGACGCGACUUAUGUGUCCAUUAAAUCUGAGGUUCUCCGAUGGAACACCCAAUCCACCAACAGUAAAUUCCAGACACUGAUGCAAGAUGAGCACCUGGGAGACAGGAUGCCAUCUGAGUUUCUUCGGCGUUUGUGUGAACUCAGCGACACACCACUAGAGGACAAUUCUCUGCUCAGAAAAUUAUUUUUCUCUUGGCUGCCACCGAAUGUCCAAUCCAUAUUGGCCACAGUGGUCAACUCAAAUUUGCUCAACCAGUUAGCCACUAUGGCGGACAAGAUUAUAGAGUUCACUGUACAGCCAGCACCUCAUCAUACCUGUUCGGACACUGUAGUAGCUUCCUCUACUAUCACUAAGUCUUUUCUCUCGUCAUAUAACGACAUUUUGGACACAUUGUGGCGAGAACACGCCAGCUCUUGUCGUCCUCACAGCAGAAACCAUUCUAAGUCACGGUCAUCUAGGUCUACUCCAACGGUUUCCAAUCUCUGA